UCUCGAACGCGAGUUAGGUGUGUUAGAACUACACCUGUCUGUUACGUUCUGCAUACGUUCAAACAUUUUUUUCAAAGUGCAAAGUUUAUUUCUGAUUGGUUGUUUAUACUUCAAAAUGGCCCACACACGCAUAUCAAUAACAGCAAAGAAUGACAAGGGAUUGUGGACGUCUUAUCUGGAGUAGAUGAACGCUGCUUGCUUCCCCUCAGUAGCGUCGUCUCGUCCGCCCCAUUCCUCUUCAGGGCGCCUGCGUACACGCCGGUCCCCUCUCUCGCUAGUCAUGGAUCAGCUGAUUCUGUAUUGCCGAUAUCACCCCAACCGCGCCAGGAGUGAGAGCCGGGACAUCGUUAUGAACGAUGAAGGCGGUUCCGAAAAAACUUGCAGGAUAUCAGCAACCACUCCCACCAUUAUUUUCAUUGGCCACUAUUAUCAAGUGUUAUUACGACUACCUUAAUGUGUGAGAAGAAAUAAAUAUAUACACAAUCAGAAAUCUCCUCUCACCGAGUGCUGCAGUUAUUCGCGUCGAGUUGAGAGUUCAGUUCAGCAUUUCUCUGUCUGCAGAUGGGGUAGCAGCUGCAUGUUAUGUACUGAAUGGAUGGGCGACAUCCACAGUCAGCGAGCUAGAAAGGAAAUUAAUAUUCGCUGUUAAUAGUGCAUCUACUUCGAGAUGACUUUAAUAAAACACACUGCCAACGUAUACAGCACAUCUGCCCAUCACGGUUGCCAUCGUCACAGCUGUAAUGAAGGCAGAAACGUCACAUUCCUCUUCUUUAUCAUGGUGCUUCUGCUGCUGCUAGGACAUUUGGGAGUUUGUUCCGGAAGACCAGACGCAUUAGCAUCCUCGUCGAGUUCAACGACGUCCUCACCUUCCGGUAAUCAUUAUUACAGUGAUAGUAACAGUAGACACAUUUCUUGGUCAGUUAAAGGCAUGGCUCCCGCUUUUGAUGAUAGUGGUGAUGGUGGUGUUCAAGAUGCAUAUUCUUCACCUUCUUCAUCCAUAGGGCGUUCACCGAUCCGCCCCGAUGAUCAAGGCGGCUUCGAAGAAAGCAGACCCAUUUCACCCGGGCCUGUCUUCCUGUACAAUGCUGACGAUGGAAAAUCUGACGUGCAGUCUUCAAAAUCUGACACGAAGCACAAUGACAGUGGAGGCUCGAAGCGCUAUGAUGUCAUGUCUGUUGACUUUGCUCGUGUGGAGACGCCGUUCAUCAUCGGCGUUUGGAUAUUCUGUGCCAGCCUCGCCAAGAUCGGUUUCCACAUGACGCCAACACUGUCGAAAAUCUUCCCAGAGUCGUGCCUGCUGGUUGUUGUGGGGCUGAUAAUUGGCGCCCUGCUCAUUGUAACGGGCAGCAUGCACGUCUCGCCCCUGACACCCGACACGUUUUUCCUGUACAUGCUCCCUCCAAUUAUAUUGGAUGCCGGAUACUUCAUGCCGAAUCGACUGUUCUUCGACCACCUGGGCACCAUACUUCUCUUCGCUGUCGUUGGAACUAUCUUCAACACUCUCACCAUCGGUGUGUCUCUGUGGGCUGUGGGGCAGAGCGGCCUGUUUUCGUGCGACACCCCGCUGCUGGACAUGCUUCUUUUCUCAUCCCUUAUCUCUGCAGUGGAUCCAGUUGCAGUACUCGCUGUAUUUGAAGAGAUACAUGUUAACGAAAUUCUGUACAUCGUCGUUUUCGGCGAGAGUCUGCUCAACGACGCAGUCACAGUGGUGCUGUAUCACUUGUUCGAGUCCUACACAGAGAUGGGACCCAGCAACAUUCUGUAUAUAGACCUCGUGAUGGGAUUUACUUCGUUCUUUGUGGUGGCGCUUGGUGGCACCAUCAUUGGCGUCUUGUGGGGAUUCCUCACAGGCCUGGUCACCCGAUACACAAACCAGGUCCGAGUCAUAGAGCCCAUCUUCAUCUUCGUCAUGGCGUACUUGGCCUACCUCAACGCUGAGCUCUUUCAUAUGUCUGGAAUUCUAGCCAUUACAUUUUGUGGCAUCACAAUGAAGAAUUACGUGGAAGCUAACAUCUCUCACAAAUCUCAUACGACUGUCAAGUACGCGAUGAAGAUGUUGAGCAGUUCCUCGGAGACCAUCAUCUUCAUGUUCCUGGGUGUGGCCACUAUCAACAACACCCAUGAAUGGAACCUCUGGUUCAUUGUACUCACCAUCACCUUCUGUUCUGUAUACCGCACCAUAGGAGUUAUUCUGCUAACAGCUAUUGCAAAUCGUUUCCGAUUGCAUAAGCUGAACAAAGUUGAGAAAUUUGUUAUGUCGUAUGGUGGUCUGCGAGGAGCAGUUGCCUUUGCUCUUGUACUGCUGAUAGACAAGAACAAUGUAAAGCUUCAACCGAUGUUCGUCAGUACAACGAUAUCUGUUAUCUACUUCACUGUCUUCUUCCAGGGAAUAACCAUCAAGCCUCUAGUCAAAGUCCUGAAUGUAAAGAGAGCUGAAAAAAGAAAACCAACAAUGAAUGAAAGAAUUCAUGAAAGGUUCAUGGACCACUUAAUGGCAGGAAUUGAGGACAUCUUAGGUCGCCAUGGCAAUUAUCAUGUGCGAGACAAGUUCAAGAGGUUUGACAACAGGUUCAUCCGUCCAUUGCUGCUGCGUGAUCACCAGGGAGCAGAGCCUAAAAUUCUGGAGACUUACUCAAAACUAGCAAUGAAAGAUGCAAUGGAAUAUAUGCGAAGGAAUGCAUCUACUAUUGGAAACAUAUCUGGCACCGAGUCCAUGUCAGCUAUCUUCCGCAAUUACACAGCAGGCAAUAUCAAUGGGAACUUGAGUGGUACCCUUAAUGGGAGCACUAGUUUCAGCCAAUUGGACUCAAGCACAUGGAACAUAGACAUGCAGGAGUUGGAGUACAACCCGUCCAAGAAAGAUUUGACAGAUGCUAAGAUUCAUCAUCUACUUGCAGAAGAGCUGUGUAAACCCUAUCGCAGGCACCGGAGGUUGAGCUACAGUCGGCAUGCAGUCAACGACCGGGAUCUUUCUACUCAGCCUGUCAAUUAUCGCAUGCAUAUGAAUAUACGGCGAAUGGUUGGUGAAAGGAAGCACCACCAUAAACGAAGCAAAAGAUUGGGCAAGGAUGGGAAACAAAAUCAUGUUAGUUUCCCUGGAAUCACACAGAAUGGUUCAGCAAAACAAUUUUCUCAUGAUUAUAUCAAUGAAGUCCUCCAGGAGUCAGAAAAUGAUGGUGAUGGCACCAAGUCCACUAGCAGGGAGGACUGGGACAGUGCCAUUACCUUUACAGCCAAAACUUCACCUGGCGGGAGACCAGAGGCAAGUGUGUUGACCCAAAUAACCAGCCUCCCGGGUUCCAAACCCCGGAAAGCCCGUCUGAUCAAGCAGUAUUCAAAACCCACCGUUGAUUACGAUGAUGCGCCCACAGUAGCUGAAGUUUCCUUACCUUGGAGACGAGGUGUAAAUGGGGAUGAAACACAAGCCUCUGGUAGUAGUGAAGCAACCAAGAAAUCCUCUCGGGAAUUGGAUGGCUCAACAGGAAAAAAUACAGGAACAGCAGAGUGUGCACGAGUGACUACUCCAACUGCAACUGAAACAAUGUUACCGUGGAAAAGGGAUGAUGAGGGGGAAAGCACAUGCCCGCUGAAACAGAGUGAAUUUCCUGCUUGGUGUUCUAAUAAGGAGUAUCUUGCCUAUAGCUCACCCUCAGCAACUUUCUUAGGUGGCAUUGAACAACCAAAAAUUGCUUCUGUGAUUGGAUUGUUCCGUCGUGAGAGUUCAGGCUCAGCACAAGACUCACGUGCCAGUUCAGAUUCUUCAUUGCAUCAUGUUGGUGGUCCUGAGUCUCCUCCAGCUCCAGGAGCAAUUUUGCUCAUUGAAGAAGGAGGUCCAUCAGAGCCAUUAGCAGGUAUGUUGGGCGUACCUAGACGUCCACCAGUCGGCCGCCGUGGCUCCAUGUUAGAGCUAGGAUCCACAACUGUUAACUCCAUUCCUGAGGAGGAAUCUACAACACCCUUCACUUCACCUCAGAAUUCCCCCAUGUCAGCCCAGCAAUGGAUACCACUUGGAAAGGGCUCAGGAUCACUCAACCACUUUGCUGAUCGCCUCUCAGCUCUAGUAUCCUCAUCUUCCUCGUCUUCUUCAUCUGAUGAUUCGUCUAAUGACGAUGAUGAAGCUGAUGAGAAAUGUGCUAUCAAUAGAACACAGAAUUAAUUUCUGUAAUAAAAUAAAUACAAGCACAAAGUCUUGAAGGAAAAGUGUGAUUCAGGGACUGAUGCUCUACAGUGGGUUAAAAAUUGACAGAGGUGUGUAGAUUGACUUGGAAAUUGUAAUGGUUAACUAUUAAUUUUAUAGUAGUAGCUGACUGUAAUUUCAUUAAUUGUAAUACCAGUGAAGCCUAACAAUGUCUAACAGCUUGAAUUGAUUAGGAGAUUCUGGAUUGUCUUGUGUUAUAUCAGAGAAACCAGAGAUGAGAAUUUUCUGGCUAGACUUGUAAAUGUGUUACUGGCAAGCUGCACAACAAAACAAACAUUUGUAAAUAGGUGAGUAGACUAGUUGUCCUUCAUAAGAUAUUGAACAUUUCUAGAGAGUUUAGAUGAAACUUUGGCAGACAAUAGAAACUUAAUUUUCUUUUUGUUUAUGUACAGAAUUUAUUUCCCAUUAUAACACUUGGCUGGAAACUGUUUAUUGCCAUGGCAAUAAGAAUAACCACAAAAAGAAACGUGCAUAAUGAAGAGCUUCAUAAAUAGAUUACUAUUUUGUGGAUCAGUGUCUUCUAUAAUGGUUUUCUUCACACUCACCACCAAAUGAAACCUGAAAUCUCAUUUAUCAUUUACGUCAUCUAUAAAAAUAUAGUAAUGCCUAAUAGUAAGUUUCAAACACUUUAUGAAUGUUCUAGUUGCUCUGAUAAAACAACAUUCUUAUUGCUUUGGCUAGUUAAAAUAUGGUUAAACCUAUACUAAAAUCUAUGUAGUUAUACAUCUAAAGGUGCAUAUUUGAAUGAUAAGAAGCCAGGAGAUGCUGUAUUGCCUUGCUUUCCAGCUUUGCUUUAGAAUAUACCUUUAUGAAUAUCCAAGCAAACCAUAAAGAACUGGAAGUGAAAGAACAGAUCUCCUCAUAGACAGGAUGAUAAUAUUUGUAGAGAAGUUGAAAGUGAGGAAGUGGACUGGAUUUACCUGACUCAGGGAAGUGGUCAAUGGUGGGCUCUUACAUACAUAAGUUCAAUAAAUACAGGAAAUUUUACUAUCUGAUCUACAUUUAGCUUCUCAGCAACUCUGCUCUAGGAUUUUCUUAUGAGGAGCCAACAUUUGGCAACAUCUUCCCCUGUAUUCUCCCUGUUCUACUUAUUACUUCUAAGAACAAUUUAGAUAUUUUGAUAAAACAUGCAGAUUGUGAUAAUUGUUUUAUGUUUCAGAGCUGUGAAUGAAAAUUACCUUUGCUUUUAUGUAUUGGAAAAGCAUCGCAUGUGAAACAUUAGCUUCGUCCUCCUUUGUCAUACUGAAAAUUAAGAUUAUGAACCAUUACAGUUUCUUAGUUCCAGUGACAGUUGAUACAGUUUUAAGAAAGAUGUUAAUAAUGGUCAAUAAGUAUUUGGUGCACAAAGCACAAACUGUUCAUUAAAUGCUGAAAAUGGAGUUCAGGGCUGGCAGUUUUAUUGUAAUAAUUUUAAAAGCAGUAUUUUAUGAGUCUAAUAGUAUAUUAUUUUAUUUAACAUUUAUUGAACUUCUAAUUGCAUUUUGGUGAAAGAUACAUAUGGGGGGGCACAGUUAAUAUUAAAGUAUAUUUUUGUUAUUAUUAUUAUUAUUAGUAGUAGUAGUAGUAGUAGUAGGAAAUCUGAAGGCACAUUUUACACUAGUUGUAGUUUAAGAUGGUAAGUAGGCCUUCAGAUUAGUGUAGGUUGUGAGAGUUCAGAUUAAACAACAGAGUAAUGUACUUCCAUUUCUGGUUUAAUGAUAUAUUGUAGAUUAAUUGACACUAUUGUAAGUGAUCAUCAUUGUGAUAUAGGUAGGAUAUAUAAUGGAGCAAUUAGAGUUCUGGUCUUUUAUCAACAAUCUGUAACAUAUUGGUGCCUAGUAACGUACGCAGUCUUUGAUCUUUGUCGUUACGAUACACUCUUCAUAAGAAGAGAAAGAAAGUAUUUGCAAGAAUUUUAUUAAUCAGUUGUUUUUAUUAUAAACUGUAUCAACUGACAAAAUUAGCCAUACUACAUAAUACAGCACAGGUUGAUGAAUGUGAAGACUUUGUACAGCAAACUGUUGGUGGUAGAUGAGUUCCUAGGGUGUGUAAUCUUAGUGUGAGGUUUUGUUUAUUCCAGAAGGAAUGAAAUAUAAUAUCAUCACUUCUGAAUGAGUCGCAUUAUUCUAAAAGAAAACAAAAAAUUUUCUUCAAUAAAAUAUUUUUUGUAUAACAGACCAUAGAACAGUGAUCUCCUGGUCAUAAUAACAGUAUUUCUGGCUUAUUGGUUUGUCAGCAUGCACUAGCCAAAUACCCAAUAUUAUCAGUAUACCAUAUGCAGGCCUACCAUCUAUUAGAUGGCAGCAUAAAUUAUGAUAAGAGAUAAGUUCAUGUAUGAUGGUAUGAGUGACUGGCAGAUUCUUUGCAGGUGACAUAAUGAUUGUUGAAAACAGGCAGAUGGGAGCAGAAUCUUUCUACAAACCAAGUCACAGCUGGUUUAUAGGUGCCCUUCAUAUGGACCCAUCGACAGUGACAGGUCUUACACAAUCUUGCUUUACUGUAUUCUUCUCUGUCUCCCAUGUCAAAAACAUAUUUUUAUAUUUUUAAUAAAUAAUCUAUUUAAUUACUCCCAUAUAUUUUUCAUACAUCAGAAAAAUUACAUUUACUCUUAAAAUAUUUCAAACAUAUAACUCAUUAUAUUGUCAUUUUAUUUUUUCUUUACAUUCCUUCAGAAAAUUGUAGGUAUCCUGUGAACAAUGUUUUUAUUAUUUGUGAUUACAGUCCACAAUUCUUUUAAAAUUCUAAUCGUUUAAGGAAAGCUGAAAGGAAAGUCAAACCAUUCCAACAGUGGGUUCCAACAGUGGAGUUGACUCGUGUGGACAGACAGACAUGACCAGCCCAUAAGAUGUUUCUUACUUAUGCUAGGGUGUGAGGAACACAUAAGACAUUUAAAUUUCUUGAACAAAUAUAAAGAUAUUCAAGUUGUAAUAUUAUAUGCCUGUUACUGUAGAAAAGGACAUGUUUUAUAAACCAUCACAAGGAAGGAACUAUAAGGAUGUGGUUUCCCAUAUUUUGGCUUGUAUUUGAUGAAAUAUGCUUGUCAGGAAAUAGUAGAUGAGAAUAUCACCUUCUGUAAUUUAUGUACAACUGACUGUGGAAAUUUUUCUUUCUUUCUUUGUUGUGUCUCGAUUGUUCCAUGAAUGUGUAAGAAUACAUUGGACACACCUAGGACUCUGUUGCUUUAUAAUCUGCCCCAAACAGUUUGGCUUUUAUUGAAUGUGCCUAUACAUUUAAAAAAAUAGGUAUCUGACUUUGUACUUAAUUAGCAUUGCCAACAUGUGUAUAUUUUGUGAUGAGAGACAAUAUUAUUAUAAUAUACUGUACUUUAAACAGACAGUUUCUGUGAUGAAAAGGGGUAAGUUUUCAAAACAGUGGGGAAGUAUAAUGUUCAUAAAACAUAAUAGUGUGCAUUGUGUGGAAGUGUGAGUAAUUGCUGUUCUGUUGGAAGAAAGUGUUGUGUAGUACUUAAGAAGGAAACAGUCCUCUAACAUAAACAGGGUGAAAAUCCCACUGAACUGGCAGGGGAAGGCAGGAUCAGGUAUAUAUACAGUGGCUUGUUACACUGAACUUGUUUCUUAUACUGGCAGAUUUAUAAUGAGGGGGAUGUGACAGCAGAAACUGCAGUAUUUCCAGAGCACUUGCCAUUAGGUUGUGUCUGUUGCACAGAAACCUGAAGCUAUUAUAGAAUUUAAGCUCUGCAUUGGCAGCUUCAGACAUGCUAUUCCACAUCUUAGUACUUAUAUUGUUUUGGUACUGUUGUUUGAAGCUUAUAGUAUGUCAUCACAAGACAAUAUUAGUGUUAUGUCAAGGUCAUUUAGUAUUUUCCAAGGUAUUAUAAUGUUGCAGGUUUGCUUGCUUCACAAUUUAUAGAGAAAAUAUGCAGGCUAGGGUGACCAUUAUAUUAGAAAGAUUCUGAUGUCAAUGCAAGUUUAAAGUAACUGUUAAAAUUUUGCCAUAAUGAAAGCAACAAUUCUUUUCAAUUUUCCCACUCUACAAGCUUAUUUAUGAAUAUUUCAGAUUAUGUUUUUGGAGAGGAAAGAUGUUUUAUACUUACUAUUUUGUGCAAUUUCAUCAAGAUUCUGUACAUACAGACCUAAAUUCAUGCAAAUAAUGUGUACAUUAAAUCUUUCAUUUGAAAACUUUAUUUAGAAAAAAGAAUUAUUGAAAGGCUUCUCAUUUUCCUGUUACAUGAGGCAGAAAGCACUAUGACUUUAUGCUUCUUGGUAAUGGCAUGUGUACGUGUAAAUCAUUUAUAUGAUAAGCCCCAACAAGUUAAAGCUGGCAGACAUGGCAGCUGCUAGAACUUCUUUGGCCCUUUUUUUAUUUUUCUGCCUUGAUUUCAUAACAGUAUCAUAAGGACCUGCAGUUUUAAAAGCUAGCAUAUAACAGGCCAUCUGUUAUCUAAUUAUAAAUAUUAAUAUAUAAACAACAAAAUUGUACCUGUUGUUUUGUGUGGGUGUGAUACCUGGUCUCUUGUGUUAAGGGAAAAACACAUAUAGAGGAUGUUUUUGAACAGGAAACUAAGGAGAAUAUUUAUACCUCUGAGUAUAACUGUUCCAUUUAAUUAGUUAGCAUGUGACAAGUCAUAUUAAUCGGGGACAUUUCAUGCUUGUUAUUGCUUCAUAUUAAGGGGGAUAAAAUUAUUUUAGGAGUUUAAAUAUUUCCCAUUUAAUGCUCAUUUGGGUGAUUUUAGCACAGACUGGAUUGCACUCAUUAUGACUGGCAAUUGUUACAGUGAAUUAGAUAGGACUUGACAGUAAUUUGUGGCUGUCUACAAAGGAGGUAAUGUAGCCCAAAAACUAUUAAAAAAACGUAAUAAUAUAAAUUAGCAUUUGCACAGAUUUGUCCCUACUAGUUGCUAAAAAUGAAAUUGCCACAGACAAGACUAAAAUGUUUUAGUUUCUGAUAAAAACUGAUUUUCUAUGGAAGAUCUUUAUGGGCAAGAGAUAUUUUCUAAGUAGUUGCCCAGUCAUAUAGUAUCCUUGCAUACUAUUGCAUUCUGUGUGGCAAGAUUUCAUAAUAAUCUCCAUUUUCAAUUGAAACUUGCCAAAAUAUAGUGUAUUUGCAAUUAAUGUUGUCUAUUAUGAACUUAGCUCUGAAAGAAUCUGAAAUUAGAAUGGUGAACAGUUGUCCAAAGUAUCAUAAAAUAAUCAGUUAUUCAAGUUAGAGAUUCCAUAUCUUCAGAAGAUAUAUAGAAUAUUUCAUUAAGUUGUAAGAUUUCUGGUUCUUACAGCAGCAAAUAUCUGUGUAGUCUCUCAGCAAUAAAUCAACUUUUCAGAGGUACUUACUGUCUCCACAGUCAGAGCAGUUUAAUGCCCUAAUGAUACAGGCAGUAAACAACUCUGAAAUGUCAGUCAAUUUCUGAAUCUCCCUGAUGAUGGAGGCAGUAAUCACACCUGAAACCUUGGUAAAUUUUUGUGAGGUUAUAAGGCACAGCAUCCCAGAAGACAGUCAUCUUCAUUUCAUUUACUUAUUAGGAAAUGCAAGGUUAUGGUGCUGUCUACCUCACAUUCCCAAAAUGUGCUUUCAGAAAUCAGUAUGAUGCAAAUGAAUGUUUUCCUAUGCUAUUCAAUCCAGCAAGGCUAAAUAUAUAAAAGAAUCUUAACUAUAUAUAAAUUAAAUUUGGAAAGGUUAUGUUCAGACAACAUUCAGGUAAGAAAAUGUUCAUACAGUACUUCAUGCAUCAAUAUCUUCAGUUUCAGAUAAGCCUGAACAUUAAUUUGCAGUUGAAUCAGCUGUAUAUUUAAUUUUCACAUUCAACAGUAUGUAUGGUGUCACCAACUUGGCAUCAAGACACCAGAGAUUUCAGUUUGCCUGAGAAACUGAGUAUUGAGAGAUGUGUGAGUUUGUCAUUUUGAGUCAAACCAAGUAAUAAGACAAUCUUGUUCAACACACUGAGAUUUCCUAACUGUACCAUAAUUUUCCAUUACAAAAAUUUGUUUGUGUGCCUUAUGCAGUGCAUUAGUUGUCAGUGUUAAUGUUUUGCACUUCCACUCCCACCUAUUAGUCAGUAAUUAAAAAGUAAGUGCAUAAGAUUAUAGAGUACAUAUUUCAGAUCAGAAUUAAUAUUAGACAUACUGUAAUUUUAAAAAUAUUACAGCAUAAAUAUUUUUUUUAUUUAUUGGGUGAAAAACAAAUAUAAAGAAAAAAGGAGCUUUAUUAGAUGUUGGUAAAGUACUUGAUCUAGAAGUAAACAGAAAAAAUGAAGUACGUGCUCAUGUCUUGAGACUAGACUAUAGGACAGGAUAAAAGUAGCCAAUAAAUCCUUGAAAAUGAGGCACAUAAUUGGAAACAAUAUAAACAAAUCAGAAAUGCAUUCACAAUGAAAUUAAGCACAGACUGGAUUCAGCUGCCAUGUAGUUCAAAAUCUUUUGUCUUCCCACCUGCUAUAUAAAAAUGUAAGAAUAAAAAUCUAUAACUUUACCCGUUGUUUUGAAUGGAAGGGAAACCUGAUAUGUCAUAUUAAUGGAAGAACACUGUUUGAGAACAGGGUGCUAAGAGAAUAUUUUGACCUAAGAGGGAUUAAGUAGUGGGAGGCUGGAGAAAAUUGCAAACUGAAGUCAAUAGAUUUUCUCUUUACCAAAUAUUAGUAGGGUGGACAAAUUAAGGAUGAAGAGAUGAGUGAGGCAUAUAUACCACAUGGGGGUGAUGAUAAAUUCAUACAAAAUUUUAGUAGGAAAGGCUGGAAGACCUAGGCAUAGGCAGGAGGAUAUAUUAAAAUGGAUCUUAGGAAAAUCAUAAUUGGUAGUGUGGAUGGCAGGCUCUUGUGUGCAUCAUAAUGAAUCUUCAGGUUUCAUAAAAUAUGUAUAAUUUCUUGAUUAGAUGAGUUUACUAUUAGCUUCUCAAGAACUCUGCACCUUAGGAGUCAGUUACAUUGUGUCUUCCUGUUAAUUACAGACCUGCAUAGGUUUCAAUAUAUGCACAGUCUCAAGCUUUUAUCCAUAGCUGUAAAAUGUUCCCUCAGCAGAACAUUACACACACUGUUGUGCUUAUACUGCAAAUCUUCAUAUCAUGUUCUACACUUGUCAUGCUCUUAACUAGGGGCCAGUGACAGCUUAUCUUUGUCUUGAGUGGGACUAGUUCAACAUUAUAUGUGCCUAAGUGACUCAUUUAUAGUGCUGUCAGUAAAUGCUGCUCAAAUUAAUCAUGUAUAAUAGAGUAUGUGUUCAGAUACAAGUUCAUCUCCUAAUGAAUAAUGCCAAAUAUGUCAAGUACUAGCAAUCAUUGCAAGUAGUAGGCACAUGUUAAACAGAAAACAUAAUAGUGAGUGGAAGAGGCAACAAUAUUAUCCAACAGCAUGUUAAACAGAAACAACCAAAGUAUGUGGAUAAGGCUUCAGUAGUAAUCAUAAAUGUGAAUAAUAUCUGAAAACUUCAGUAUAAUGCUUGUUACUAAUCAUUUAUAAUAAACUAAAGUUGUGGUUGAAUACAAA